CUUGUACUCACAUUCCCAAGUUGCUUCUCCUUUCACGUUUCCUUCCUUCCUGGCCAAGAAAUCUCUUUCCUUUCUCUCCAACAUCUUGCUUUUGUGAGUUUUAAAGUUGACUGUGAAACGGGUUUUUUGAUACCAUCAUUGAUAUUGCAUGCAGGUGAGAAAAAAUUGUGAGUGAAAAAAGAAUAGGAAUAGUGAAAAUGACGAAGGGAGACAGUUCAGAUGCUAAGAAACAUCUGUGUUUCUUUAAUGCUGAUGAAGACAAGGAUUUACACAAGGCACUUGUAGAUGUGAAGAGAGAGUUUGAACAAUUUGAUGAUUUGCUGCAUGGAGACAGCAUACAUUUCAGAAGUGCUAGGUGGAAGGUUCUUUUCAGUGAUAAUUUUCUGAAAUCAUGUAAAAAUUUGAAGUCUAUAACGAGAAAAAAAUCUGUUAUAGAACGUCUAUUUAAACUUUCCCAGGGUUGGAGACCCAAGAAGAGAAGUUCAGAUCCAGUGUGUGGAAGUUCUUCAAAGAUCAUAAAGCAAUUUAAGGUUGAAGAUCUUUAUAUUGUUUGUGCAAACGACAUCAGAAAGGAAUGGAGUGACGUAGUAAAGGAACUGAGGUACUAUCAAGUUUUGAAGGUCUGGGAUAUAUUACCUGCAGGGGAAAUUCCAAAAUUAAUCGAACGGCUUGACAACAUGUUUGGGAAAUAUACAGAUGACUUUCUUAAUCGCUGCAAAAAGAAAAGUCUUGAGGGGGAUUUGGAAGUUCCGGAGAGUUGGUCAACCUCUUUUGAUAUUGUACGGUUUAGGAAUGUUGCUAAUAGUGAAAAUGAGAGUGAUUUAGUUGGUUGCGCAUCUGAUGGUGGAAGUUAUCUUGAGAAUGCAAAGGUUAGUGAGAGUCUGAUGCUGAUGAAAUUUUACUCUUUCUCAUUUGGUGUAGUGGGUCAGUUGUUUUCAAACAAGGAUAGUGGUGAAUUGGAUCUUCUAUUUGAAGUAACUGACGAAGAGCAGGAGAUAAUCGUUUUUCCUAGAAGUGCUUUUAUACUUGGACGGUCAGGUACUGGGAAAACCACUGUUUUGACUAGAAAGUUGUUAGAGAAAGAAAAGGUGCUCCAGAUGGCAACAGAAUUAUUUUAUGGUGUGAAGAGCGAUAACGUUGUGCAUAGCCAAGAGAAUGAGGUUGAGGAGAACUUGGGGGAAACAGAGAGAACUAUAUUGCACCAGCUUUUUGUGACAGUGAGCCAUAAACUGUGUUAUGCUGUCAAGCUACAAGUCACACAACACGUUUCUCAGUUGAAAAGCUCUAUCUGUGAUGGUGAUUGCUCUAAAGGUACUAGUUCAAAGGAUAUUGAUGAUUUUGACGAUGCUGUUCAAUUCAAGGACAUCCCAGAUUCUUUUGUUAGUGUUCCUACCAGGUCCUAUCCUCUUGUGAUAACAUUUCAUAAAUUUUUGAUGAUGCUUGAUGGAACUGUGGGCAAUUCCUACUUUGAAAGAUUCCAUGAAGUGAGAAAACUUGAUCCUGGUCGAGUUGGUGGUAGAUCGAUUGCCUUAGAGACCUUUAUAAAGUUGAAGGAAGUUAAUUAUGAGAGGUUUAGUUUAUCAUACUGGCCCCAUUUCAAUGCCAAGCUAAUUAGAAAGCUUGACUCUUCCAGAGUUUUCACAGAGAUUAUUUCUCAUAUAAAAGGUGGCCCACAAGCUGUAGAAGAAGGUGAUGGUAAGCUCAGUCAUGACAACUAUCUUUUACUAUCAAAUAGUCGUGUUUCCAGUUUAAGUAGACAAGAGAGAGAAAUAAUAUAUGAGCUCUUUCAAAAUUAUGAAAAGAUGAAGAUGAAAAGGGGUGAGUUUGAUUUGGCUGAUCUUGUGAUAGAUCUACACCGUCGUUUGAGAAUUGGAAGCUACACUGGUGAUAAAUUUGAUUUUGUAUAUGUAGAUGAGGUUCAGGAUCUUACAUUGAGCCAAAUUGCAUUAUUCAAAUAUAUCUGCAAAAAUGUGGAAGAAGGUUUUGUUUUCUCUGGUGAUACGGCACAAACUAUUGCAAGGGGAAUUGAUUUUAGGUUCCAGGAUAUACGAUCUCUAUUCUACAAGAAGUUUCUUCUGGAAUCAAAAAGCUGUGGACAUGAUAAAAGAGAAGAAAAAGGAAUAAUGUCAAAAAUUUUCCAUUUGAGCCAGAACUUCCGUACUCAUGAUGGGGUUCUCAAACUAGCACAAAGUGUUAUUGAACUUCUAUAUCAUUUCUUUCCUCAAUCGAUUGAUGUUUUGGAGCCUGAGAAUAGUCUUGUGUAUGGAGAAGCUCCGAUUUUACUUGAAUCAGGGAGCAAUGAAAAUGCAAUCAUCACUAUUUUUGGAAAAAGUGGAGCAAGUAUUGUUGGCUUUGGUGCGGAGCAGGUAAUAUUGGUACGGGAUGAUUCUGCUCGGAAGGAAGUUGCCAAAUAUGUUGGGAAGCAAGCUCUUGUUCUAACUAUUGUGGAGUGUAAGGGCCUUGAGUUUCAGGAUGUAUUGUUGUACAACUUUUUUGGCUCAUCACCUUUGCAAAAUAAAUGGAGGAUAAUAUAUGAAUACAUGAAGGAAUAUGAUUUACUGGACUCAACUUCGCCAAGCACCUUUUCCACUAAACACAAUGUCUUGUGCUCAGAACUAAAGCAACUUUAUGUAGCUAUCACACGAACAAGGCAGAGAUUGUGGAUUUGUGAGAAUACAGAGGAGUUCUGCAAACCUAUGUUUGACUAUUGGAAGAAAAAGCAUCUUGUCCAAGUUAGACAACUGGACUACUUACUUGCUCAAGCAAUGCAAGUUGCUAGCAGUUCAGAGGAGUGGAGGUCAAGGGGCAUGAAGUUAUAUCAUGAUUGUAACUAUGAAAUAGCAACAAUGUGCUUUGCAAGAGCCGGAGAUACUUAUUGGGAAAGAAGAUCUAAGGCUAUUGGCCUUAGAGCCACAGCUGACCGAAUGCGGCAUUUGAAUCCUGAAGCAGCAAAUGGUAUACUUAGGGAAGCUGCUGAUAUAUUUGAAGCAAUAGGCAAGGAUGAUUUUGCUGCCUAUUGUUUUUGUGAGUUGGGGGAGUAUGAAAGAGCAGGCAAGCUAUAUUUAGAAAAAUGUGGGGAGUCAGAGCUGGAGAAAGCUGGGGAAUGCUUUUCUCUUGCAGGAUGUUAUGAACUUGCAGCUGAUGUUUAUGCUAGGGGCUAUUUUUUCCCAGAAUGUUUAAAAGUUUGUUCCAAGGGAAAAUUAUUUGACAAGGGUUUGGAGUACAUUCGCUAUUGGAAAAAGGAUGCAACUAUGGAUUUUGGCAUGGUUAGAAGAGGAAAAGUAAUAGAAAAACUUGAACGAGAGUUUCUAGAAGGUUGUGCUCAUCAUUAUUAUGAGCGUAAAGAUCACAAAUCUAUGAUGAGGUUUGUUAAAGGUUUUCAUUCGGUAGAAUUGAUGCGAGAGUUUUUGAAGCGUCUGGGUUGCUUUGAUGAGCUUUUGUUGUUGGAAGAAGAAUUGGGCAACUUCUUAGAGGCUGCAAACAUUGCGAAGCUAAGAGGGGAGAUACUAAAGGUUUCUGAUCUCCUUGGGAAGGCCGGUAAUUUCAAAGAAGCAUCCAUGUUAAUUCUCCUCUUUGUGUUGUCUAGCUCAUUAUGGACAGUUGGAAGUAAAGGUUGGCCUUUAAAGCAGUUUACAAAGAAGCAAGAGCUUUUGGCAAAAGCAAAGUCAUUUGCUAAGAACGAGUCCAACAACUUCUAUGCUUGUGUUUGUACAGAGGCUGAUGUUUUAUCAAACGAGAAGACUAGUGUGUCUGUCAUGAAAAAUUCUUUAAAUUCUUCUCAGAGACAUAAGAGUGCUUAUGGUGAAAUAAUAUCUGCUCGAAAAAUUAUAGAUGCUCAUCUUCAUACAAACUCGUCAAAGUAUAUGUGGGAGGAUUAUUUUGUUUUUGAUCGAAUAAAGCAUUCGGAUCAGAUGAUCUCCGAAAAUCAGAUUUCUGUAGAAACACUUGUUUACUUUUGGAAUUUUUGGAAAGAUCAUGUUCUGAACAUUUUCAAGUAUCUUAGAAGUCUUGAAACCCAAGAUUUUAAUGAAUAUAAACAAUAUGGAGAUUUCUGUUUGAAUUACAUGGGAGUCUGGAGACAGUUCCGUGAACUCAACGCAAUAUAUAUUUUGCUCAACCCUGGUGCUGAUUGGGUGAGAGAUUUGGAUAAUCGAUUCCUUCAUCGGAAUGGAAAGUUGGUUUCUAUUAAUGUUCGCCAUUUAGCUUCGACUGCUGGAAGUUACUGGUCUUCAGAGAUACUUUCUGUUGGCAUGCAAGUUUUGAAGCAUCUUGAAGCUCUAUAUAAUCUCUCAUUACAGAAUAACCUCUCCAUCUUCUGCAAAAGUAGAUCACUUACUCAUAUAUAUGAGGUUGCAAAGUCUCUUUUGGAUUGCGGGUACCCAGAUGAUAAGGUAUUAAAGAGAUUUGUCAAAUUUUCUGCUGAAUCUUUCUUUGGCUAUGUAUUUCCUCUAGAUUGGCAAAAAUCAUUUGCAGAGAACAUGUUUUCUCUGAGAGGGAGUGAAGUUUCUAAAAAUUUACUACAGCAAGCGAUAUUAGAAAACAUCAGCUCGAGGGGUAAGCUAACUUAUGGGAAAAUUGGAAGAGUCGUGAUGAUAAUUCUUGGAUUGGGUAAGCUAAACAAUGAUUUGUAUGAGAAGAUUUUAAAAUUGUUUGAUGGUAUAGAUGGGAACCCACCCUGGAAAACAUUCAUUCAGAAUCUUUGUGGGAAUGUUGAUAUUUCAUUUCCACACGCUACUGUACCUGAAAAUAUCAGUAAAUCUCCAAGAGAGUGGUCUCUUCUAUUCAGGCUCCAUGAAGCUUUGAAUGAUACCUAUAAUGCCAACUGGAUGAAAGAAAAUGACUACAUAUCUCCUGGUUGUUUCUUGUAUCUUGUUGAGUGCCUAUUGAUCUUGGCAUCCUCCUUCCAUGGUUACUUCAUCACUUCGAAGUCUUCUUUUGUUGAAUGGUUUAUCUACAAAGAGGUAGAUAACUACCCAAAUUCCACUUUUGUUUCUGAAGUGCAACCUUUCCUAGGAGGAAUCUAUGAGUCAAUUAUCAAUUUUGUUCAGCAGCUUCUUUUCAAUAAGAAGGAGACACUUGAAUGGAUCAGAAGGUCUAAUAUUAAUGCAAAGGAUUACUAUCCGUUGCUGGUGUUCAGAUCGGUUGCUAUAAUAUGUUUAGUUUAUUUGAACUCUGGGAGUUUUUUGGAUUCACUUUCUGAAUUGCUUGGUAGGAGCUAUAUCAUUGAGCAUCUUCCAUCCGAAUUUUAUGAUGUCCUUAGGAGAAGACGGAAACAUUUACAUCUGAAUGUAAAUGUGCUUGCUGAAGCAUUUAAGAAGGUUCACAAUCCUCUUGUAAUUGUGAGAUUAGAAAAGAAUUGUUCGCAAUUUUUAUGUCCAGAUGCCAUUUUUGUUGAUAUGACGGAAAAGCCAUCCUGGGAGGACAUGUUGAGAGUCCUGCAUCUUCAAGCAGUUGAAGCCUCUCGAUGUCAAAUUGGAGCUAUUGAAAUGGGUGCAACUAAUUAUUGUGGUGAAGUUCUUUCGUUAGAUAGUUAUGACCACGAGGAUUAUAAGCUCGCACCUUCAAACUUGGCAGUUCAGGGUGAUUUGAACAACAUGAUUGGAAUCAAGCUAGCAAUUAAUUAUGGUUACAUUUGGGAUGGAUUCGAAGCUUUGAAGCGACUGCAAAUUGGUGGAGAUCCAAGGUGCAUUUUGAAAAAUGACCAAGCAAUGAAGGUAUACCUGGGGGAAUAUAUUCACCUUUUAAGUAUUGUUAUGCAUGAAUGUUGUCGGAUGAAUAUUUACCAUGAACAUGAGAACUUAUUCAAGGAAGUAGCUAGCAUGCUUGAGGAACUGAAUCUACUCUCUGUUGCAUUGGAUGCGAGGGAACUGCAACCUGGGAACAAUAUUUCAACGAUUGGCAAAGUUUCCAAGAGAUUACAGUCAAGAAGACAACAUGUCGAACAUUUCUUGAAUCAGUUUUUCUUGCAACUUGGCAUAAUACAUCCGGUAGAGACAUUACUUGGUAGGAGCAAUAUCAGUGAGCAACUUCCAUCCGAAUUGUAUGAUGUCUUUAGGAGAAGAGGGAAACAUUUACAUAUGAAUGUAAAUGUGCUUGCUGAAGCAUUUAAGAAGGUCCACAAUCCUCCUACAAUUGUGAGUUUGGGAAAGAAUUGUUCACAAUUUUUAUAUCCAGAUUCCAUUUUUGUUGAUAUGACGGCAAAGCAGUCCUGGGAGGACAUGUCAAGAGUCCUACGCCUUCUGGCAGUCGAAGCCUCUCGAGGUCAAAUUGGAGCUAUUGAAGUGGGUGCAACUAAUUCUUGUGGUGAAGUUCUUUCGUUAGACAGUUAUGACCACGGGGGUUAUAAGCUCGCACCUUCAAACUUGGCAGGUCAGGGUGAUUUGAACAAGAUAAUUGGAAUCAAGCUAGCAAUUCAUUAUAGUUACAUUUGGGAUAGAUUUGAAGCUUUGAAGCCACUGGAGAUUGGUGGAGAUCCAAGGUGCAUUUUGAAAAAUGACCAAGCAAUGAAGGUAAACCUGGGGGAAUAUAUUAACCUUUUAAGUAUUAUUAUGCGUGAAUGCCGUCAGAUGAAUAUUUACCACGAACAUAAAAACUUAUUGAAGGAAGUAGCUACCAUGCUCGAGGAACUGAAUCUACUCUCUUUUGCAUUGGAUGUGAGGGAACCGCAACCCAGGAACAAUAUUUCAACGAUUGGCAAACAUUCCAAGAGAUUACAGUCAAGAAGACAACAUGUCAAAACUUUCCUAAAUCAGCUUUUCUUCCAUCUCAGCAUAAUACAUCUGGUAGAGACAUUGCUUGGAAGGAGCUACAUCACUAAGCAACUUCCAUCUGAAUUUUAUGAUGUCUUUAGGAGGAGAGGGAAACCAUUACAUAUGAAUGUAAACGUGCUUGCUGAAGCAUUUAGGAAGGUCCACAAUCCUCUUGUAAUUGUGAGUUUGAGAAAGAAUUGUUCGCAAUUUUUAUGUCCAGAUGCCAUUUUUGUUGAUAUGACGGCAAAGCAGUCCUGGGAGGACAUGUUGAGAGUCCUAUGUCUUUGGACAGUUGAAGCCUCUCGAGGUCAAAUUGGAGCUAUCGAAGUGGGUGCAACUAAUGCUUGUGGUGAAGUUCUUUCGUUAAACAGUCAUGACCAAUGGGGAUAUAAGCUCGCAUCUUCAAACUUGGCAGGUCAGGGUGAUUUGAAUAGCAUAAUUAGAAUCAAGCUACCAAUUAAUUAUAGUUACUUUUGGGAUAUAUUCAAAGCUUUGAAGCCACUGGAGAUUGGUGGAGAUCCAAGGUGCAUGUUGGAAAAUGACCAAGAAAUGAAUGUAAACUUGGGGGAAUUUAUUCACCUUAAAAGUAUUAUUAUGCGUGAAUGCCGUCAGAUGAAUAUUUACCACGAACAUGAAAACUUGUUGAAGGAAGUAGCUGGCAUGCUCAAGGAACUAAAUCUACUUUUUGUUGCAUUGGAUGCGAGGGAAUCCCGACCUGAGAGCAAUAUUUCAACGAUUGGCAAACUUUACAAGAGAUUACAGUCAAGAAGACAACAUGUCGAACCUUUCUUGAAUCAGAACCAAAUUUGUAACCAAUCUCGAGUGGAACAACAUCACCACACAAAUUUCAACUCCAAAAUAAGUUCAAAGGGCCUGGGAUCCUUUGGAGGGAUUGAAAAUUUGUCGGAGACACAGAUAGCAUCGACAUCUGACAAAACAUCAUGGAGGAAUAUAUCAAAGCUCCUCAUUUUUGGUGGCGCUGUUGUACUUGCUUGUAAUCUCGAUUGGGGACUAUUGACUAAGGCAAUUAUAUCUAGUGUGGCCAGAAGGUUUGCAAAUUCAAGAAACAGAUCGUAAAUGAAGUUCUAUAAUCUAUACAAGAAUGUGAAAUGUAACUCAUAUCUUGUAUUCUUCAUCCUAAUUGAGGGAGACCAUCUAUCAGAAUUCUGUCUGGAAAACACUUUUAGAAAGGAUAAAAAAAGGUUGUAUCUUAUAGUUUUUUAUUUUUGUUGUACUUAUUUAUAUUGGAAUAUGUGGCUACUUGUAUCACUGUAUAUAGCUAAAAGCGGGAAUUUUCUUUAGAAUAACAGGCUGCCAAUUGUGGGUAGUUAGGGGUUCAUACAUAUGCUCCUUACAAGUAUUUUCAUUGCUGUUCAUCUUGCUUCAUCUUCAUAUGAGCUUUUUCAUCAUGCAGUAGUUAAAUAAAACUUAUACCAUUUUGCA